CAACACUGCACAGCAAAACCCAGCAGCCCGAUCCGAAAAUUUAUUUUUUAUGCGGUUAGCUCUUGCAAAAAUAAAAGUAAUUCAGUACCAAUUAAGGAGAAAUAGACGGGUCUUCUGUGCAUCCAGGCCAAAGUGCCUCAAAAAGCGUGUUUGCAUAGCUAAAUUUACCACACACCGGUGCCGACAUUUUUUCGGCUGAUUGAAUCUAGUGUGGGAUUUUCAUCUCUUGUUCGCUUUGCCUUUUGAAGAACCUACAAAAUAUCUUUAAAUGGUGUAAAUUUGAUAAUACGGAGUUGGCAAGAUGAACUUUGAGUACAUUGGUCAUGCCCUUGGCUACCAUGGACAGCCGCUUCAAAAGAUCUGGGACGAUGAGCGGGGCGUGGACGAUUUGCGGGCGAUGGGUCUCACCCAGGUGAACUAUGCGGUUUACCAGGAGCGCCAGAAGUACUUCACCUUUCAGGAGCGAGCGAAAAGGCUCAAGAUGCACCAGUUUCUGGCGCGGAAGGCCACGGAUCUGUACGACCGCACUUUGGUGGCGAACGUUAUGGAGGAUUCGGUAAUAGAACAAGGCAAGAACUAUAUGGCCCAGAUGGCCCCCUUCGAGUUCUUUCUCAAUGUGAAGGACAAACGCAAGGCGUGGGCCCACCGAUUGGGUGCCUUGAAACAGGGCGAUAUUAUCUACACUCAGGUGACGAGAUUGGCCACCGGCAACCGGCUGAUGGUGAAACCACUCUGCACUGCCGAGCCCAAACACGCCUACUUGGCCGACAUGCCCAUUAAGGCCGUGAUUCUGCAGGACUACUGGGGUCCUUUGCCCCUCGACAAGCUGGGUAAUACGCGCACCUUUGCCGCAAACGAUAUCCUGCGCUGUGAGAUUAACAAUAUUUCUGCCGAUACCGAACGACUCGCACUCAACAUGAUUGGCAUGUUCAACAAAUCCCCAGAACUUAAAUUUGGGCUUUGCGACAUAAAUGAGUUGCCCAAGUAUUAUCGUAAAAUCCACAACGCCGAGCACCCUUCUGCCACACACUUCGAAGAUGAGCUUAACGCUGCCUUGGAGUUCGAGAAUCCGAACUACGAUUUGCUGUUCCAGAUCAAUGGCUUGCAGCCCAACGAGAAUCUGUCGCUGAUGAGCCAUCUGAAGAACGGAUUCCCCGAAGCGGAGAAUGCCGCGGAGCUGCGACAGAAGCAGGCAUCCCAGUGGGCCUUCCGCUCCGUGGCUGAUGGCAUCGAGCACUUUAAGAACGGCCAACAGGUCGAGGCCUUUCAGUGUCUGAACAAGGCUUUGAACAUUGAUCCGCGCAAUGUUGAGGGUCUGGUGGCACGCGGUGCCCUCUACGCGAAUCGCGGCAGCUUCCUCAAGGGGUUGCAGGACUUUGAGAAGGCCCUGCACCUGAACAAGUACCAUGUGAAUGCGCGCAAGUACAUGGGUGAAACCCUGGUGGCUUUGGGUCGCAGUUACGAGGAGGAGAAUCGUAUCCCAGAUGCGGUCAAAGCCUACAGCGACUGCCUAAACCUACUGCCUCAGCACGAGGAGGCACGGCAAUCCUUGGACGCACUGCAGCGAAGUGCCGAUGGUAAGCAUAAACUCAGCACCGAGCUGAUCAACCUGACCGGUGGCAACUCUUCGGACGAGUCCAGCUCUUCGAGUGCCAGUGAAAGUGAAAACGAGGAGCAGGCUGGCAAGCGCAAGACCAACAUCAGUCAGCCCUUCUAUGCCCAAAAGUCGGGGGAGGAAAAGUUGGCCGUCAUCGAUGCCCAGAAGGCCAAUGAGUUCCGACUGGACGAUGAUGAGACCGUGUCCAGUGUGCGGAAGCUUCUCCGCGAUGCUAGCAAGCACAAGAAGGCCAAGAAGAAGGGCAAGAAGAAAAAGGACAAGAAGGAAAGGAGGAGGUCAAAGACCAAGUCUGAAACGGAGGAUCCCAUGGAGUUGCUAAAGAAGAUCGACUUCCAAGAAGCCUUCAGGCAAGACAAGUUAAUGAGCAGUGCAAGCAAUGAGGCGGAAUUGAAGGCCAAUAUCAAAAACUAUCUACAAAAAAAAGAUGAAGGAGGUGGAAGUGGCGGAGGAGGUGGAGGACAAGAAUCGCCGCCUCCCCCACCGCCGAUGAAAAAAGUAACAGCUCCACCAAAAAAAUCGAGCUUUGACAGCAUGGGACCGAGCACAUCGCGGCAUGCUGCCGCUGUUUCUGGCUCUGGAGGCCAUCAUCCACCACCGGCGCCAAAGUUUCAGGAACAAAAGAAGCCCCCGGAACCGGCCCCCAAACUCUCUUUUCAGAUCAAGCGACCGCUGCAGAUGGACAAGCUGGGAAUGCUGCGUCUGGCAGCGCCAGUGGAACCUGUUAGGAGCAGCAGCCGAUCACGCAGUCGGACCAGGAGUAGAAGUCGUAGCCGCUCGCGUAGUCGCUCCAGUUAUCGUCGGCGCAGGAGGAGGUCGCAUUCCCGCUCCAGGAAUAAGAGCCGUCGUCGUGACUCGCGGUCUGACUCCAGAUCAAGGUCUAGAAGCAGGUCUCGUUCGCGCAGGCGUCGCAGCUUCACGCGUUCACGUAGUUUCUCGCCGCGGCGCUAUGGAAAUCGCUUUGUGGUCAGGCGAUAUGAUAGUCGACGUGAUCGCCGCUCGAGGUCCUAUCGUCGCCGAAGGACUCCAUCACCCUUUGUGCCACGGCGCUCUCCUUCACCAUUUGUGGCCCGCCGGACGCAAUCCCCGUUUGUACCACGUCGCACACAAUCGCCGGCGACCCGCAAUCGCCGUUCCCGCUCCCGAAGUCGCAGCCGCAGUCGCUCCCGUUCCCGCAGCCACAGCCCGCGUCGCUUCCAGUCACGCUACCCGCCGAGGGGUAGAGGUCGUGGUCGUGGCGCCGUCAAUCGCAGCAAGUACUCCUGGUACAAUCACGAUAGACGCAGUGCCUCCCGUGGCGUGGAUCCACCAAACGGCAAGGACAAUAGGAACUCAGCGAAGAGAAGUUCAGAGGAUAAAGGAAAGGCAGUGGUCAAUGCGGAGCCCUCCGUUGAGCAGAUGAACGAAAUGAUAAUGGAGAUGCAGAGGGAUCGGAAACAAGACCUCAUUGGGGCCACCAAGGAGGUGAAGGAGUAGCCAACUCGACGCCCACACGCACUACGAGUGUUAAGUUUCCUUCUAGAUGAUAUCUUUUGAUUUUGAUAUUCAAAUUUGUAAAACGCUCCUUUGGAACUCGUUCUUCAAAUAAUAAAUAAAGAAGCUUUCGAAACGAAAUUCGCAUGACUUAAAUGCA